AUGGUCGCUCACGGACACGGACAUGGCCUUACCGGCCUUUACAUGGCCUUUCCGGCCUUUCUUCUCUUCUUCCAAGGCUCGGCCUUACCGGCCUCUCCUCUCUCCUCCUUGGUACAUUCUAAUAAUAAUAACGAUGGAGCCAUUUUAGAAGUAAAGCCAUUGGUCUAUGAGUGUGGACCACACUGCAAAUGCCCGCCUUCUUGUUACAUGCGAGUCUCACAGCACGGGAUCAAGAUAAAGCUGGAGCUUUUCAAAACAGAGUCAAGGGGAUGGGGUGUGAGAUCGCUGGAAUCUAUUCCAGUGGGAAGCUUCGUCUGUGAGUACGCAGGAGAGCUUCUUGAGGAUAAACAAGCUGAAGUACUUACCGGGAAAGAUGAGUAUCUCUUUAACCUCGGGAAUGAGGAGGAUCCGUUCACCAUAGACGCAGCACGGAAAGGGAACAUAGGGAGGUUUAUAAACCAUAGCUGCUCGCCUAAUAUGUAUGCGCAGGACGUUUUGUACGAGUAUGAUGAAACCAGAAUUCCUCACGUGAUGUUUUUUGCACAGGAAGUUAUACGUCCACUUGAGGAACUCACGUACGAUUACAAUUACAAGAUCGAUCAGGUGCGCGACUCCAAUGGUAAUAUCAAGAAGAAAUUUUGCUAUUGUGGUUCGGCUGAGUGUUCUGGUAGGCUCUACUAA